AUGGCGGCACGGUUAGACGCGCUGGCGCGGGAGUUUUUUACUCCCUCUAGUCUUCUCUCGGCACACGAGCCCUGCCGCCGCGAUGGCGCGAGCGGCAAUAGCAGCGGCCCCAGAGGUGCAUCGAGGGGAGGUGUGCGAGGGAUAGCUGAAAGCGCGACGGCGCUGCCGUCUGCGUGGGAGGAGGAGGGGGUGGGCGGACACGAGGCGUGUGGCGGUCAGUACAAUAGUCGUAAUAAGCGACGUAUGGGGCAGUUUGUGGCCCACGACGACGCCCACUUUUUUCCGCCAUUGCUGCAGUAUUUCGGUGAGUUGGCCAUGGCAAGCACAGCUGCUUCUUCCGCCACACACACGUUUCUGGGUGCACCAUCUGGUGUGUCGUCAUCAUCCGCAAUACCGAGGAUGCGAACGGCAUCAUUAGGGUACGCGUCAAUGUGGCGUCACACAAGAAGAAUUGUGCGAGAGGGUGGCAUGAUACUUAGGGCGCAUCGUUCUGUGACACACGAGCGGCAUCAAGCGGAUAACUACACCACUGGAAAUGCAGCGAAGGCAUCUGGAAGUGCCCUUUUAUUAGGUAGUCAUCGUUCCGCGCCUUUUUCUCACACGGGUGCGUACUCGGACCGCCACCACUCUUCAGAGAUGAUAGACGUAUUUGCCAAUUACCAGCAGCUCCCAUUGACGGAUGGCGGGGCCUCCUACGAGGCGCUGGAACCGAAUUAUCAGAGGGGACUUAAUGCACUGGCGACGCUAAUUGAGCAGUACAAUCGCUCCUUUGUGCAGGAGCGGGGCUCCGCCGCCACUGCCUGCACCCUGCUUGGCAAAAGAGCGUUGAAUUCGGAAUCUGUUUCUGCCACCGCGUCCAGUGUGACCACAGGACCAAGUGAUCAACGUGAUGCAAUUGUCAAUAGACUCAACAUCCUUUUGCGUGACCUUGUGAGUCACGGCGAGCGCGCCCUGGUGCUACACAUCAUUAUGCGGGCCAUCGGUUGGCGAUUUGCAAGCAAAAAUGAGCGUGUUACAAUUUUAUUUAACCAUCUUCGCACAUGUUUGCCGUUAGCCAGCGUUUCUAUAGUCACACUUGCCAUGGAGGUGUGGGGUCAGUUACACGUCAUUGAGGCGAGUUCCUCAGUGUACCUUAAAGUCACCUCUGAGCUUCUUUCGCUGGCCUGUGACUUUCUGCACUACGACGAUACUUUGGCGGCGAAACUCUCAGGUCUUAUCAUCAUUCGUCACGUGGCGCUGUGGCCAAUGUCUCUCUACCGCGCCCUCCUCUCAAAUGAGCAGGACUCCCUUCUCCUAGCAACGUGGACGGCGAUACCGAACGAUGAAUCUCCUUACUUUAUUCGAGAACUUGCGGCGGAGACACUACGUGCGUUAUUUGUUAUUGCCCUGAAGCAACGAAACUACCGCUCUGUCAACACCGUACUUCAACAGGCUCUUGCCCUCUUACACAUUUCUGAGCGGGGUGUGGAGCUGCCGAGUUCGUUUUCGCUUUCCUCGCUCUCACCAUACCAGAUUGGAGGCGAGGGACUGCACGAGUUCCAUCCCCCCCCAGGCUGGGCAUCCACCACAGUGUGUGCCGUCCUUGGCGUUACCGACGCAGCGGGGUGGGGGCCACCAAAGCGGUGA